AUGGCCGAAGCCAACGGAAGAGGAUCUUCCAGCAAGGCCCCGGCCCCGGCCCCGGCCUACGAAAACCAGGCCAAGAUGGACGUUCAACCCCCCAAACAGGAGGAUCUUCAGCAGAGCUACGCUACUCUUAUCGGCAAUGAUCCCAAUCCCAAGGGUUGGUAUGGCAGCAUGAUCAAUGCCCUCGGUGCCUGCAUCGGAACCCUGGGCGCUGUUCCAUUCUGCUUCUGCUUCCCCAACCCUUACAAGAAUGUCCACCAGGGCAACGUUGGUCUCGUCACCAAGUUUGGUCGGUUCUACAAGGCCGUAGACCCGGGACUGGUCAAGGUCAACCCCCUCAGCGAAAGGCUGAUUCAGAUCGAUGUCAAGAUCCAGACCUCGGAGGUGCCCGAGCAGAUAUGCAUGACCAAGGACAACGUCACCUUGCGCCUCACCUCGGUUAUAUACUACCAUAUCGUGGCCCCCCACAAGGCAGCCUUUGGCAUUUCCAACGUUCGUCAGGCCUUGCUGGAGCGUACUCAGACGACGCUUCGGCACGUUAUCGGAGCUCGUAUCCUCCAGGACGUCAUUGAGCGUCGUGAGGAGAUUGCCGCAUCCAUCCGGGAGAUUAUUGAAGACGUCGCUGCUGGCUGGGGUGUCCAGGUCGAGAGCAUGCUCAUCAAGGACAUAAUAUUCAGCCAAGAACUCCAAGAAUCCCUCUCCAUGGCUGCACAGAGCAAGCGCAUUGGUGAAAGCAAGAUCAUUGCCGCCAAGGCCGAGGUCGAAUCCGCCAAGCUGAUGCGGCAAGCCGCUGAUAUCCUGAGCUCCGCACCAGCCAUGCAGAUUCGAUAUCUUGAAGCCAUGCAAGCCAUGGCCAAAUCGGCCAACAGCAAGGUCAUCUUCCUGCCCGGUGCCCAUCAGAAUCUGCAAGCCACAUUAAAUGCUCUCGGUCCCAUGGACAAUGCCGAGGGAAGCGGAUUCAACAGAAACGACGCCAGCUACCAACAAGACUUUGGAGGUCAGGACUCCGGUUUGAACACCGCAAUCAAUGCUCGCGUCAUAGAGAAUAUCUAA